CUGCAAAAGCAACUCAAGCUGCAAAAACCCAAGAGAAGCAAACUCAGUAACAAAAGAAAUUGAGAAAGCAAUGUACUCAUCGCCGCUCCCCCAGGCGCGUGGGCGCGUGUUAUCGUCUUGCGAGAUGGAUAAAUCCCAAGCUGGCUCAGGAGACCUUGAAUCUUGUCUGCUCCAAAUCUACCACCAUCAUCACCAAAAAUCCCUCAAGCUCCGGGGUCACGCGGAGAAAGCGAAGAAAGAUGCGAUCGAGAAGGCGGGGAGAGUGUCGGAUUUGUUGGUGGACGCUGUGAAUGGAGGCGUACAAGAGUCCUUUAUAAACGAGAAGCGGAUAGAGGUGGAGAUUCGAGCAUUGGCUGCUACCAUUGGUCGUUUCAUGAAACAGACCGAUCAAUGGCUCGCUGCUUCUCACGCUGUUAAUAGCGCUGUUAAGGAAAUUGGAGACUUUGAGAACUGGAUGAAGAGCAUGGAUUUUGAUUGUAAGAGCAUCAACGCAGCAAUCGGCAACAUCCACCAACAAUGACAUACUAGUGAUUACAAUGUGAUUUUAUGAAUUCCUGCCAUUUAUUCGAAGUCACUAUCAAUCAAAUUCAAAUAUGGUAAAAUCAAAGAUGCAUUGCAUUGCCUACCAUCUCUACUGCUAUUGCUAGUGCUGCCUCAAAUGUCACAACACCCCUACUUCAUUUCCCCAGUCAUAGAUCAUAGUAUAGUUACUAUAUUCCCCACUUGUAUUGGCAACUAGCUUUUGUAAUAUUCCUCCAUUUUUGUAAUAGUUGAAGAGUUUUCAUUAAUGCAAUCUUCAUAUUUACUUUUGUCAAGUUGAUCCCCUUUUAUCCAAAAGCCAUUCUCUUCUUUUUCAGUACUCUAUUCUAGAUUCAAUAAAAUAAAAAAUAUAUAUAAUUAGGGUUAUGUAUUUAUGCUUAAUGUUUAAUAUUCAAGUCAAGUUGGAGUUAAUGAUUAAAUCUA